GUACGGAAUUUACAUAAUUGAUGUUUAAAAAGACAAACCUACUGGAAGUUUAUUUGCAGAACUAAAAAUAAGUGGGCGUUAAACAGUGAUCUAAUAGGCUGAAAAUGUUGAGACUAUUUAUAUAUGGAGUUACCGCAAACAUGUUUAUUAAUAUUUGAAAACUAGAACGAGAGAGACAUAUUCAGGAAACCAACACUUGUAAAAGUUAUACGAGGUACAAGUUUAAAAGAUAGUAAUUUACAGGUAUCGCAAGAAACAUGAAGCUAAUGAAGCAGAUUAUUGUUUAUUGUAUUGUGAUCAUCGCGGCAAAGGCAGAUUUGCCGUGUCCAGUAGCAGAGUGCAUUUGCGAAAAUGGACCAAUCGGAAAAGGCAGAAUAAUCAACUGCAGAGAUAAGAGUCUUACUUCCGUUCCAAAGUUUCAACCAUCAGACGAAAUAUUUCUUGAACUCACACUUAGCAAUAGCUACGACCCAGUUCUCUUAUCGAACGGCGCCCAAUGCCCAUCGUGCAACAAAAUUACAUUCCUUCCUCCUACCGCAUUUAGAGGACUUCGAUUACAAGGACUUGAUCUGAGUAAAAACCAGAUAUCACAAGUUUCCGACACAGCGUUUGAAGGAUUGGAAAGCUACCUGGAAGAAUUGUCGAUUGAUGGGGAUAAGACCAUAUCCCCACCGUACAGUGCUAUGUCAAGACUUUCUAACUUGAAGAGUCUUUCCUUACGUCAUUUCAAUCAAGCACAUAUGAACAGACAAAAUACAAUGAUUGACACUUUAGUUAAUCUGGAAACAUUAGAAUUAAAAUACAUGGACGUAUCCGCAUUUUCCAAUGAUUUAUUUUUAUAUCGGCUGCCAAAACUGACAAAACUCCAUUUAGAGGGGUUGCCAAUGAGAGAAUUUCCAGUGAAACAACUGAAACCUUUAAAGUAUCUUGAAAAACUCUAUGCUGUAUAUAUGCAGCUCGAAAACAUUCCAUAUGGGGCUUUCCAAACGAUGACAAACUUAAAAGAAUUGGUUUUAUCUCAUAACAAAAUUGAGACACUUUAUCCUGGAUGCUUUGAAGGAAUUGGUUCAUCUUUAAAAGUACUUGGACUUCAUUUGAACAAUUUAGACGAAACAAAACUAGGCCCUCUAGCCUCGACGUCUUGGUCGCAAUUGGAAAAGAUAAACCUCGGACAUAACAGAAUGAAUACCAUACCGAAUGGAUUAUUCUUUAAUAUGAGAGACCUUAAUACUCUAAAUCUUGAUUCGAACAAAAUUGCAACGAUAAACAAAGGGGCUUUACAAGGACUGGAUAAGCUGGAAAAUCUUGAUCUAUCCUACAACCAGUUGGACACAAUAAAUAAAGAUACGUUUUUAUCGUUGAUCAGACUGAGAGUACUAGAUCUUCGGAAUGAAAACGGCAAAUCUUCCACAGGACUUUUUAAACUAACAGUGGAUAGUGUAAACGGUUUAAAACAACUGCAAAAACUAAUUUUAACCGAUACUACCGUCGAUGAAGUUGAAUUGUGGAAAACAAUACAAUAUUUAGAAAAUCUGGUUGUUUUAGAGUUAGGUGGAACAGACAUUAAAGAAAUUCCUGACUUACAGUUCACAUUCAAUAGACGAUUGAGCCAUUUGAUGCUUGAAAGAAAUUCUCUUUCGAUUUUAACACAGGCUAAAUUGUAUGGCACGGAGAAAAGUCUUGAAUCAAUAAAUUUGCAACAAAAUAGCAUUAAAACUAUCGAUAGAUGUGUAUUUGCCAAUUCUACCGCCUUGAAAAGUAUGUUCUUAUAUGGAAAUCCCCUCCGAUGUGACUGCGAAAUCAAAUGGUUGCAAGAUUGGAUUAGAGAGCGCAGUGCAACAGAACCCUUUUUUCGGUAUAUGGUGAAUGGCAUGUGUCAAUCCCCUGAGCAUCUUAAGAAUGUGCCCAUUUGGAAUAUUCAAGGAGGCGGGUUGACUUGCGGUCCAUCAUAUCAAAUACCAGUUUGCCAAAAUUUUGAAAGCACGGCCCAAACCAUUCCUACGCCUACUGUUAGAACGACAGAACAACCAGCUGUGGACAAGACCAACAACUUCAGAUUUACAAAAGUGUCUGAAACUGACCACACUAUAGAAAUCACGUGGGAAAUGAGGGUUCCAAGCAUGGUGUCUUCGAUGAAACUCGAAUAUCAGAAAUUAGGACCUUACCCAACGAUUUAUCCCGUGCAUGUUCCGAAAUACGCAGAAUAUUUCAAAAUACAAAAUGUGGAAUCAGACAGUCAGUAUUUGAUAUGUAUGUACUCGGAACUGUAUGAAUCAACAAAACCAAAAGAAAGAAUAUGCGUUGUCAUCAAGACACUUUAAAAACCUGAAGAUCAAGACCGUGACGCUUUAAUCAAUCAAUUCGAAUCAAUGUUAAUCAAAAAUAAACAAUUAUCUUGAAAUAAUUACUUACAACUUUUUUGUUAAAAAAAAAUCCAAACCACCGUGAUAUUUAAAGUGAUAAGGAUGCUUAAAACAUUGUCUUCCACAAUUACAUUUACAUUUCCUGUUUGAAUUUUGUAUAUUUUCUAUGUUUAACGAUAAUGUAUUAAUCAUUUAUUGGCAAGUAUAUUUUACUCAAAUAUAUAUACUUAUGAUAUAAGCUGCUGUAUAUAUCUAAAUUAUUUUGAGUUAAUAAUGUUAACAAACUUUUACUUCUAUGGUUUAAACAUUAUCCUGACAUGACCUUUCGAACAAAGAGAUAACCUUAAGCUUAUGUCUAAAAGCUCUUUUCUAUAAAUAGUAUUAAGGUGCAAACGUCCAAAAUAAUAUAGGUCUUUAUUUUUGGCUUUUUUCGUGUUUUGUUUGAUUUUAUUGUGUUUUUGGGGUAUGCCGUCUUGUAAAAUUACCCCUAUCGAGUCCUUUUAUUCAUAAUUCCUAUCAUCUUUCGAAAGAAAUCCAAUUCGUUCAUUCAUUAGUCUAUAAUUGUCCUUUUUACGACAGUUGUACGUUUUUUUAUACAUGAUAUCUAGUCUUUUUAAAUACUCUUUUUUACUGAUUGUGUGUUCCAUUUAUUUAUUAUAUUUUGUAUAUUUUUAAUAAAUCAUAUCUACUAAGGUUGUGUUUAUACAAUAAAAAUUGUGACUCA